GGAGACUCUCUUCACCUCCCUGCAGGAGCCGAGAAAACAGAACCUGACGCUGCCGUCUAACUCAACUCGAGUUUUUUAUUUCAAAAGUCAAGAUGCCAGAAACAGCAGAGUCUGUGUCAGCCACUCUCUCCCUCAACAGAACCUGCACCAUUGAAAUCACAAAUGUCAGCAGUGGCUACUGCCUCAUCAACCCCAAGGUUUACAUGUCAAGCGGCUUCAGUCAUCACCCACCCCAGCCAACCAUCCGGCCCGGCGUGACUGACGUGUGCACCUUCAUAAAGGACGACCACACUGCCACUGGUGCUGUUGGCCUGUUGACCUAUGACCUCUUCCAUAUGCAGAGCCGGGUUAGCUCUGACCGUAUGGCGAUCAUGUUCUCUGUACCCUUUGACUGCAACAUCUACAAGAACCGGCUGGCCGUGGGCGUGGUGGAGCAAAGCCAGGCCUGCGACAAACAUCUGUAUGACCAGAUGUAUGAGGGGAAAGAUUUGAAGAAUUGUACCCGUUCUGAGAAGCCCGGUUGUGGGCUGGUGUAUAGAGCUACAUAUGUGGAUGUAAGAGCCACAAUGUCUACAGUUGGCAAGGCUAUUGUUAAAGUGGAGCUCUAUGAUAAAAUGGGUUGAUAGUAUGAAAAAGUCCUCUGUUUUCUGACUGUCUUUAGAUACUUUUACACCAAAGAGAAUAAACAAACUAAAUUUGAUUUGACUACUGUUACAUGUUGUUAUACGGAGACACAUCAAGAGGAGAGGAAGACUGAUUCUAGUGUCAUCUUUUUUUUUGUGGCGCUGAAGGAUAUCAAUAUCUGACAGCCAGCUCAUUGAUUCUCCAUUAGCUUCCUUCUUAGCCUUAUGUGUAUUCUGAACCCGCUUUCUCUUUAUUAUGGUAAUA